AUGGGAUAUAACAUUGGUUUGCGACUGAUUGAUGAGUUUCUCGCCAAGAGUGGCAUCAAUGCCUGCCAAGAUUUUCGGGACACUUGUGAAGUCAUUGCCAAGGUGGGUCUUCGGAUGUUUCUUGGCAUCAGCGGCGAGGUAGUCAUGUGGAACAAGGAGAUGACUGCUUGCUCGCUGGUCUUGCCGGAAAACCCACUGGCUGAAUACGUGGAGCUGCCGGCAAACCUGACAAAUCGCUUGUGGUACUCCAACCUCAUUUGCGGCGUGAUACGCGGAUGCUUGGAACAGCUGCAACUGCGAGUAGAGUGUCGCUUUGAAAAAGAUGCACUCAAUGGUACCUUGGUUCAUUUUAAAUCAAGGAUCUGA